AUGAAGAGUCUCUUCAAAUCGAAACCCAAAACACCUGUUGAGUUAGUUCGUUUGACUCGUGAGCUUCUUAUCUUUGUUGAUACCGAUUCAACUACCAAGGGAACCAAGCGCGAUGAAAAGAUGGCAGAACUAGGUAAACUUAUGCGAGACUUGAAGUGCGUUUUAUAUGGGAAUAGUGAUUCGGAACCACUUGCAGAAGCCUGUGCACAGUUGACGCAGGAAUUUUUCAAGCAAAACACUCUUCGUCUAAUUAUAAUCUGUCUACCAAAGCUUAACUUAGAGACCCGAAAAGAUGCAACUCAAGUUGUCGCGAAUUUGCAAAGGCAACAGGUUCAAUCACGACUUAUUGCUUCUGAUUACUUGGAGUCAAACAAAGACCUUAUGGAUAUCUUGAUAUCAGGGUAUGAAAAUAUGGACCUUGCUUUACAUUACGGUGCAAUGUUGAGGGAGUGCAUUCGGCAUCAGAUAAUUGCUAGGUAUGUCCUGGAGUCAGAGCACAUGAAGAAAUUUUUUGAUUUUAUACAACUACCAAAUUUUGACAUUGCCUCUGAUGCUUCCGCAACUUUUAAGGAGCUUUUGACUAGGCAUAAAUCUACUGUAGCCGAUUUUCUAACUAAGAACUAUGAUUGGUUUUUUGCAGAAUACAAUGGAAAAUUACUGGAGUCUUCUAAUUACAUCAUCCGACGACAAUCCGUGAAGCUUUUGGGAGACAUGUUACUAGAUCGAUCAAAUUCUCCUGUAAUGAUGAAGUACGUGUGCUCCAAGGAUAAUUUAAGAAUCUUAAUGAAUCUUCUUAGGGAACAGAGCAAGAACAUCCCAUUAGAAGCAUUUCAUGUUUUCAAGCUCUUUGCAGCGAAUCAAAACAAGCCUCCAGAGAUAGUUGGCAUAUUAGUAGCAAAUAGAAGCAAGCUUCUCCGCUUCUUUAGCGAAUUUAAGAUCGAUAAAGAGGAUGAACAAUUUGAAGCAGACAAAGCUCAAGUUAUUAAAGAAAUUGUUGCCCUAGAACCUAAAGAUCGCUCUUGAGAAGUUAAGUUAAAAGAAGUAUACAUCUACCUAUGUGUAAAACUUCAAUCUAAUCUAUUGUAAAUGUUGGAUGUUAAAGUAAUGGAUUCAGUAAUAUGUUGUUUUUUGUUUUUUAAUAAACUAGUGCUCACCAUUUUUCCCUGGAUGAAGCUGAGCAAGCUGGUUUGGCCUUAAUAAUAUCUGGGUUUGUUUUAUAAAGCCCCAUCAC